AUCCGGCUUAGAGCGAACACACUGCCACACUCAGAGCUGCAGUCACCAGCGACACACACACACACACUCACACACAGACUCACACAGUCACACACCCGGCGAGGUGGCGACGACCCUGUCAGGAGAAGAACAGCAGCGGGUGAGAGAUGAGGGAUUAGCGGCUCUGUCGAGGAGGGCUCUUCUUUGACAGCUUGGAUCCUGGCGGGGACACACAGAUUAAUCGCAGCCUCGACCACCUCUCCCUCCUCUUCCUCCUCUCCCUCCUCUUCCUCCUUCUGUUCUUCCUCCUUCCUUUCUGCUCUCACCUUACGGGACCACCUCACCUUUAUUUAUUUGCCUGAGGUUUCCUUCCUCUCCUUCUCCGCUUGAAUCUUCUCACAACUUCCCCUCGUCUUCUUCUGUCUUUCUUUCACUCCUCUACACCCCCCCACACCUCCCCCUCUCUCUCUGUCUGUUCUCUGGGAGAGAGGGAUGAGCUCCACGGCUGCUUACAGACAGUUCCUCCAGGACCUGGAGGAGAAACGAGACGAGCGGGACAGGGUGCAGAAGAAAACCUUCACAAAAUGGAUCAACAAGCAUCUCAUCAAGGUGAGGAAGCACAUCACCGACUUGUACGAGGACCUGAGGGACGGACACAACCUCAUUUCCUUGCUGGAGGUCCUGUCUGGAGUCACCCUGCAACAGAAAAGCGGCCCCGCUUCGAAAAGGGCAUACGCCUCGCGGGCCCCCCCCCUCAUCGUGCUCAGAGGGGAGGAUGAGGAGGAGGAAGGAGCUCAGGGACCCAGAGAAAAGGGGAGAAUGAGAUUUCAUCGACUACAGAAUGUCCAAAUAGCCCUGGACUUCCUCAAACAGAGACAGGUCAAACUUGUGAACAUCAGGAACGAUGACAUCACAGACGGAAACCCCAAACUGACGCUGGGUCUGAUCUGGACCAUCAUCCUUCACUUCCAGAUUUCAGAGAUCUAUGUGAGCGGCGAGUCGGGCGACCUCACAGCCAAAGAGAAGCUGUUACUAUGGAGCCAGCAGGCGACAGAAGGCUACCCCGGCCUCCGCUGCGUCAACUUCACCUCGUCCUGGAGGGACGGACGCAUGUUCAACGCCCUGCUGCACAGAUUCAGGCCAGACCUCAUCGACAUGGAGCUGGUGUCCAGGCAGAGCAACGUUGAGAACCUGGAACAGGCCUUCGAGAUCGGCGAGUCGUUGGGGGUGACCAGGCUGCUGGACGUCGAGGAUGUUGAUGUUGCUUCUCCGGAUGAGAAGUCGGUCAUCACCUACGUCUCCUCCAUCUACGAUGCCUUCCCGAAGAUCCCUGAGGGAGGAGAGGGCAUCGCUGCACACGAGGUGGACCAGCGCUGGACAGAAUACCAGUCCAGGUUCUCCUCUCUGCUCCAGUGGAGCCGCCAGCACACAGUCCUCAUGGCCAACAAGAAUUUCCCACAAAACCCAGUGGAGCUCAAGGCACUUUACAACGAGUACGUCCACUUCAAAGAGACGGAGAUCCCCACGAAGGAGGUGGAGAAAGGUCACAUCGAGCACCUCUACAAGCUGCUGGAGGUGUGGAUGGAGUUCGGGCGUAUUAAGCUUCCUCAGGGCCUCCACCCCAACGACCUGGAGGAGGAGUGGGGCAAACUCAUCCUGGAGAUGCUGGAAAGAGAGAAGGCCCUGCGGCCGGCUGUGGACAGGCUAGAGCUGCUGCUCCAGAGAGCCAACAAGAUCCAGAACAUGGCUCUGGACUGUGAGGAGAAACUCACACUCGCCAAAAACACACUCCAGGCUGACAUGUCCCGGGUGGAGAGCGGCGAGGUGGUGCAGUGUGAGAAGGAGCUGGCCUGUUACCUGCAGGACUGUGAGUCUCUGAUCAGACAACUCAACCAGGAGCUCAAGCUCCUGCGGGAGGAGAAGUUCUACCAGGUGGAGCAGCUGGCGUUCAGAGCGUCCUGCCUGCAGGAGGAGCUGGUCUCCCUCAGACUCCAGUGCUCCAGCGUCUACAGGAAAGGACAUUUCUCUCCGGCACUGGGCGGCACCGGGGCCGAGCACACCAGCCAGCGAGGCACCGACAGCGGCCUGUCACUCGGGCAAACGCUGCUGGGAGCUGUGGGAGCUGUGGGAGCCGUCGGAGCCGCGCUCCUGCGGAGACCCAUGGCCCGCUCCCAGCUGGUGGCCAUGUCUUCAUCAGAGGACGAGGGAAGCCUGAGGUUCAUCUACGAGCUGCUGGGCUGGGUGGAGGAGACGCAGGAGCUGCUGGAGCGAGCUGACUGGGGAGCAGAUCUGCCCUCGGUAGAAAACAACCUCCAGGAGCACAACGACAUCCACACUGCAGUGGAAGAGUUACUGAGCAGCCUGCAGGAGGCACGCAGCUAUGAGGCAAAAGUUUCCCCCAACUUCAAAAGCAGCUACUCAGAAACCCUGGCCAAGCUGGAGCAUCAAUACUGCAAACUACUGGACCAUUCGUCGUGGCGCCUGCAGAGCUUGGAGAGUCUGCACUCGUUCGUGUCGCACUGCACCGAGGAGCUGAUCUGGCUCAACGAGAGGGAGGAGGAGGAAAUCGCCUUCGACUGGAGCGACAGCAACAGCAACAUGAACGCCAAGAGAGAAAUAUACAGCGAGAUGAGGUUGGAGCUGGAUGAGAAACGAGAGGUGAUGAGGUCCCUGCAGGAGACGGCGAGUCGUCUGUGUGUGGAGAACCAUCCGGCCAAACAGACGCUGGAGGCGUACAGUGCAGCCCUGCAGACUCAGUGGCAGUGGGUGGACCAGCUCUGUGUUUGUGUCGAGCAGCAUCUCAAAGACAACACAUCGUACUUCCAGUUUGUGAGUGACGCUCGGGACUGUGAGUCGUACCUGCGUCAGCUCCAGGAAACCAUCAAGAGACAGUACACGUGUGACAGGAGCAGCAGACUGACCAAACUGGAGGACCUGCUGCAGGACUCCAUGGAGGAGAAGGAGCAGCUGAUCGAGUACCGGAGCACCGUGGCGAGUCUGGUGGGCCGGGCCAAGACGUUGGUGCAGCUCCGCCCCCGCAGCGCCGAGAGCAACCUGGCCGCCACCACGCCCAUCAGGGCCGUCUGCGACUACAGACAGAUAGAGAUCACGAUCAGCCGAGGGGAGGAGUGCGUGCUGGAGGACAACUCCCAGAGGACCAAGUGGAAGGUGAUCAGUCCCACGGGCAACGAGGCCAUGGUCCCCUCGGUGUGUUUCACCGUCCCGCCCCCCAACCAGGAGGCCAUGGACACGGCCAGCAGGACAGAGCAGCUGUACCAGAAGGUCAUGUCUCUGUGGCACCAGCUGCACGUGAACAUGAAGAGCGUGGUGUCCUGGCACUACCUGCUGAAAGACGUGAGGACCGUCUCCACCUGGAACCUGGACACGGUUCGAUGCCAGUCUCCGUCGGAGCGGCAGCAGGUCCUCGACCACCUGGAGUCCCACUUGGCCGACUUCCUGUCCGACAGCAAGGAGAGCGCUCUGUUCACGCCGGCCGAGAGACGGGAGCUGGAGAAGGACGUCCAGGAGGCCCAGCAGCACUGUCAGGACCUGCUGCUCCACAUGGAGACGGCUGAGAAGGACGAGUCCGUCUCUCGGUCCUACCUGUCCGAGCUGCAGAACAUCAGCCUGCGUCUGAACGAGGCCGAGCAGAGGCUGAUGAGGGGGAUUCAGACUCCGCCCCCCAGCCGGCUGUCAGGAGACACUGUGGACAACACCGUGCAGAUCGCCGAGCAGGAGAAGCUGCAGUCGGAGCUGGACGCCCUGCGCUCUGGUCUGGGGGACGUGUCCCGGCGCUGUGUCCGAUUCUUUGAGGAGAAGCCGACGUCCUCCAGCGUCCCCGUCCUCCAGGCCGAGCUCAACCAGGCUGUAGAGAAGACGGACAAACUGCACAACCUCUCGUGUGUCUACCUGGAGAAGUUAAAGACCGUGGACGUCCUGAUCCGCAGCCUGGACGAAGUGGAGAGCCAGGUCAGGAGGUACGAGAGCCGACUGAGUGAAGAAGACAUCGUCCCUGCCGACACCACGGCCAUCCAGAACCUCCGAGACCAACACGGGAGGUGGCAGGAGGAACUGGGCGAGCAGGGGGACAUCUUCGAUUCCCUGCUGUCCUCUGUGCAUCGGGCCAAAGAGGCGGGGUCUCAGCUCAGCAAGCUCCACCCCGACCGCAGCCCCGAGCUGGCGCUGUACCAGGAGAGAGCCAAUCAGAUGACAGACAGGUGGAGCGGUGUUCAGAGACAGAUGGAGACAAGACGAGCGGAUCUGGACGCUCUGGGCUCGGACCUGCACCAGUACAGAGCCGGUCACUCGGCUCUGAUCCGGUGGAUCGAAGAGACGACAAAGAGACAAGAGGACACACAACCUGGACAGAGCGACAGCAAAGCUCUGUCAGAGCAGCUGGCCCAGCAGACGGCAUUAGUAGCUGAGAUUGAACAGAACCAGACCAAACUAGAUGAGUGUCAGACUCACUCCAAACAGUACUGCACCUCAGUGAAGGACUACGAGCUGCAGCUGAUGACGUACAGAGCCUUCGUAGAGUCGACACACAAGUCCCCUGUGAAGAGGAGGAGGAUGCAUUCUUCAUCUGACGCCAUCACUCAGGAGUUCAUGGAUUUGAGCACACGCUACACGGCCUUGGUCACGUUGACAACCCAACACGUGAAGUACAUCAGUGAUGCACUGAGACGACUAGAAGAAGAAGAGAAAGAGGUGGAGGAGGAGAAGCAGGCCCGGGUCGGGCAGGUCUCAGAUCUGCUGUGCUGGGUCAAAGGGCUCCAGGGACGGACCGGCGGCCCCAACGCUGAGUCCUCACUCGCAGCUCAACAGUCCAUCAGUGAACAGCUGGCAGCCAAGAAGGACGAGGUGGCUGAAGCCAUCAGGAGCACAGAGGUCUUUCUAUUAUCAAAACAAGCCAGCAAGUUGUCCCCAGGGGAGCGUGCUCAGGUGGAGGCUCAGCUGGACCAGCUCAAGUCCACCUACAACCAGAUGUGUGACAGCUCCACCCAACAGCUGCAGCAGCUGGAGCAGCAACUUGCCAAAGAGGAGGAGAGAAAGGUGGUCCAGCAGCAGAAAGCCGAAUGCUCCCAGAAACUGGAAGGCCUCAGCAUGUGGUUGGCCGGAGCUGCCAGUUCGCUGGCCAGUCAGAACGCAGGAGCGGAGUCAGGUGACGUGAACGUGCUGCAGGAGAAGCAGAAAAAGCUCAAGGAAGUGCAGAAGGAUCUCCAGGCGAGAGGCGAGGGCAUCGCUGAGGCCAUCCGCUCGGUGGAGGAUUUCCUGGCAGAACGCGGGGACACUCUGAGUCCAGAGGAGAGGCAGAACCUCCAGGGGGCGCUGACGAGAAUGAAAGAGCAGUACACCGCCCUGAGGGACACAGCCAACACGUCGCUGUCCGAGCUGGACACGGCCAUCAACACCACCGUCCAGCAGAACACACAGCGGGCGAAGGCGGAGGAGGAUCUCCAGGAGACACGAGGUCAGAUCGACUCUCUGCUGAAGGACCUGUCAUCACUGAACCAACCGGGAAGGAGAGGAGCUGGAUCUGUGAUGGAUCAGAGUGUGGUCGAUGCAGCGUUCUCACAGCCAGAGGGCGCUGUCCUGUCACAUACUGAGAUGCUGCAGGCGGAGCUUCAGCAGCUUCAGUCCCAGCAGGCACAGCUGCUUCAGAUCACCCAGGCCACCCGGUCUCUUCUGGACCAGCCCGACUCGGCGGUUCCUCCCGAGGAGAAGCAGCGUCUCCGAGCUGCCCUGGACCAGCUGCAGGCCCAGCACCAGGACAGGCUGCAGAGCUGCCAGGACCGUCUGAGGAAGUCUGAAUCUCUGAAAGACGAGUUCACGAAGUUCCUCCACGAACAUGGAAGUCUUGGUGCCUGGUUGGAGCAGAGCGAACAAGAGCUCCGUUCCCUGGGGGAAGGAGAAACUGACGCACAGGGACUGAAGGCCAGGCUGGAGGAGCACAGAAAGCUUGCUGAGGAUGUGAUUUGCCACAAGGCGGAUCUGCGCUUCGUCUCCAUCUCGGGUCAGAAAGUUCUAGACUCCGUUCAAGGGGCUCUGGAGCAGGUUGGAGGUUCGGAUCCCGCUCUGGACAGCACCAAGCAGCUGGUGACCGACAAGCUGCACGAUGCUAACCACAGAUACACAACCCUACACACCAAGUCGUCAGAUCUGGGCGGUCGUUUGUCCGGCCUGCUGGAGAGAUACCAGCAGCACCAGGAUGAGGUCGUCUCCCUCCACUCGUGGCUCAGCACUCAGGAACAGAACCAAAGCAUCGCCGGGCCGGGCGGAGACAAGGACCCACAGAACCUGCAGAACACGCUGCGACAAGUACAGCUGCUGCAGGAUGAACUGGCCGAGCGCUCGGUGCAGCUGGAGAAGGUGAAGAGAGCCGGUCGAGAUCUGGUCAGCACAGAUGAAUCUCCCUGCCUGAAAGCUGUGGACAUCCUCUGUGCCGCAGAUGGUUUGGAGAAGAGGUUCGGCUCCCUCUCAUCUUCUGUGUCUGAACGGGCCAAGCAGCUUCAGACGGCCGUGGCCCAGUCCGUCAGCGUCCAGGAGGGUCUGAAGGCUCUGCUCAGCUGGCUGGACAAACUGGUCCUGAAGCCUGGACCAGUGGAGCCCACUGCACAGGCUCUGCAAGACGCCCUCACCCAAAACCAGAAACUCCGGCAGGAGCUGCUCUCCAGGCAGGGCAGCGUGGAGGCAACACGAGACUCCAUCUCCAAACUGCUCCAGAGCUCCGACGCCUCCACAGCCUCAGGCCUCCAGGGAGCUCUGGACGAGCUGACUCAGCGCUACUCUGCAGCCCAAGCCAGCCAGGCGGAGAGGGAGUCUGAGCUCAAAGGGCUGCUGCCCCGACUGGAGAGCUACGAGCGGCUGGGGGCCGACCUCCAUGUCUUCACCCAGACCCGCCUGAAGGCCCUGAGCCCGGUGGGCCAGCCCGACCGCAGCGUGGACGACUACAGGCAAACUGUCGAGGAGGUGAGGUCGGAGCUGGAGCAGGAAGCCGGUCAGCUGAAGUCCUUCUGCAGCCUCGGCUCCGAGCUCAGCCAGUCACACACUCUGAGCCACUCGCAGGGCUUACUGGAUAAUGUGAGGGGGGUGUCCGACGACUUCACACAUCUGGAAGCAAAUGUCAACGAAAGGUUCUCUGCCAUCCAGGCCUGUGAGCAGCAGCUGCUCGGCUUCCGUGGGCUCUCCGGCUCUCUGGUCAGGUGGCUCCAGACGGCACAGGAGCAGCUUCCCCCCAAAGAGGCCAACCUCAACACCGAGGGCCUGCAGAAACGAGUGCAGCAGCUGCAGGACUUGUUGAACGACUGGGAGUCCCAGGGAUCCAGGGUCCAGGAGCUGAGUAAGACGGGCUCCGAGCUGGAGUCUCUUAUCAUCGACAUCACCGCUCCUCAGACCAAAAGUGGUGCCCCACACAUCAAUGGCUCAGCAGGUCCCAGCAGUGUCAAUGGCAUUCACACCUGCAAAGACCUGACGGAGCUGCAGGUGGCCGUGUCCGAGGUGAACGGUCGAUACGAGGCGCUGGGCGGGGAGUUGAAAGAUCGUCUCAGUCGCCAGCAGGCCUCACUGGAGCUGAGGCAGAAGGCCAGGCAGGGCGCAGACCAGCUGAAGAGCUGGCUGAUGGACAAAGAGCAGAGUUUGAGACAGGGACAGACCGCCUCCCCCUCCAAACCGGAGGCGGUGCGCGCCCAGGCCCAGGAGAACAAGGCCCUGCUCUCAGAGCUGGCUGAGCACUCUGGGACGGUGGAGGAGUUGAAGAGCACACUGAGGAAGCUCAUUGCUGACAACCCUGACUCUCCUGAAGCUGACAGCUGGAGACAACAGCUGCAAGAGAUAGACUCCCGCUGGCAGACAACCAAUCAGAACGCAGCCCAGCGGCAGACGGAGCUGGAGACGUGUGCCGAUAGGCUGGGCAGCUUCGCCUCAGCAGCCAAUCAGCUGGGCCCGUGGCUGCGGGAGAAGGAGCUGAUGAUGAGCGUGUUGGGACCGUUGAGCAUCGACCCCAACAUGCUCACCACACAGAAACAACAAGUGCAGUUCAUGAUGCGUGAGUUUGACACCAGGCGGCCCCAGUUUGACCAGCUGACCCAGUCCGCCGAGGGGAUCCUCUCCCAGACUGGUGACUCCGCCCAGGACGCCAAGGACCUGGCGGAGGUGCGGGCGGAGCUGGGCUCCAUCUCGCAGCAGUGGGAAGACCUAACAGGCCGACUGACUCUGAGGUCCAGCCACAUCGACCAGGCCCAGGGAACCAGUGAACGCUACCAGGCUUUGCUCAGGCAGCUCUCCUCCAGUGUCUCUGCUCUGGGCGAGAGGCUGGACGGCCAGGCCUCACUCAGUGCCCAGCCGGAGGCGCUGAAACGCCGCCUGCAGGAGACCGGAGAGAUCCGCUCAGAGCUGGAGAGACGGCGGGCCGAGCUCGCCGAGGCCGAGACGCUCUGUCACGAGCUGAGCGCCAUCGUAGCUGAACCGUACCUGAAGGAGGAGCUGAGCAAACGGCUGGAGAGCGUCAGCGCUCCACUGAGGAACCUGGAGGAGCGAGCAGCGGACGGCCUCUCUCAGCUCCAGGCGGCCCUGUCCUCCACCCAGCAGUUCCAGCAGAUGUUCGAGGAGUUGCGCUCGUGGCUCGACAAACAGGCCGAUCCCAGAGAUUCCACCGGGGACGCCCUGCCCUGCCAGCCACAGGCCAUCCGCUCCCUGCUGGCCCAGACAGAGGAGCUCCAGCGCGGCAUCGCCAGCCAGCGCGGCUCCUACGAGCUGCUUCAGGCCGAGGGGGCGGCGCUGCUCGCCACUCUCCCAGCAGGCGGAGACGAGCGCUCCACCCUUCAGUCUCGCCUGGCGUCCCUGCGACAGGACUGGGAGGGGUUGAACCAGCGACUCUCUGAGCGUGAGAGCAGGCUGAAGAACACACUGAGCAAAGCGGAGACCUACCAGCAGCACAAGGCCGAGCUGAUCCCCUGGUUAUCGGACUGCGAAGAGAAGGACGGAGAGAUCCAGCCGGCGCUGGACUCGUCUGCCCUGGAUGAAGCCCUGCAGAGGGCCCGAGGUCUGACCCUUGACCUGGAGAGACGGCAGCCGCUGCUCGAGUCCUUCAACACGGCAGCCGACCAGCUGCUGGAGCAGUGCUGCAUCGGGGAGGAGGAGGUACACACCUGGUGCAAUGUGCGAGAUGAGAAGGCCCAGCUGAACCACAGGGUGGACGGACUGGGAGAGAGGCUCCACAGCCGCACCUCCCAGCUGGAGGAACUGGCCGGCCGGCUGAAGGAGUUUGAAGAGGGCAGACAGGCUGUGGAGAGGAGGCUGGAGGCCGCCAAGCACCAGAUCGAAGUGCAGGAGGCUCUGGGUCCUCAGGCGUGCAGCGCUAAGAGCCUGGAGCGGUUGAGGAGUCAGCAGGAGAACCUGAGGUCCCUGCAGCCUCAGGUGGUCUACCUCCGAGACCUGGCCCAGGGGCUGGUGCAGGACGCUCCGCAGACACCAGGGGGCGGCACCGAGGGGGCCCAGAGGCUUCAGGAGCAGGCCAAGGACACAGAGAAAGAGUACGAUGAGGUUACUGGCAAGAUCGAACACUGCUGCUCGUCCCUGGAGUCCCGCCUCCAGGGCGUGGGCGAGGUCCAGUCCCACGUGCGGGACGUGUUCUCGCGUCUCGCCGACCUGGACGAUGAGCUGGACUCCCUCAGUCCUGCUGGACGCGACGCCGACUCCCUGGCCUCGCAGGCCGACACUCUCAAGGGGUUCCUGUCCCGUCUGAGCGACCUGAGGACGGAGCUGGAGGGUCACGGCUCGGAGUGCACCACCAUGCUGCGGCGAGAGGGCUCCUCCCCCGACCUCCUGGCGCUCAGGAGGGAGACGGAGGCUCUGAGCCGCCAAGCCGGCAAGCUGAGUGAGCGCAGCCAGGCCCGGUUGGACCAGAUCGAGGACGCUGCGGAGAAGGUCCAGGACUUCUACCGGCUGGUGGCGGAGCUGCAAGGCCUUCUGGGUAGAGCUGAGGAGGGGCUGAGCGCACAGGGCCUGGUCGGCACCGAGGUGGAGAUGAUCAAACAGCAGCUGCAGGAGUUCAAGGCGGUGGAGAGAGAGCAGGUGGACAGUAUUCAACCCAAGCUGCAGCACGUCAACGCCGUGGGUCAGGGUUUGAUCCAGAGCGCCGCCAAACACACGGACACGCAGGCGCUGGAGCACGACCUGGAGACCACCAACCUCCGCUGGAACUCGUUCAACAAGAGGGUGGCAGAGCGGAUCGCCCAGCUGCAGGAGGCUCUGCUGCAUUGUGGGAAAUUUCAGGAUGCUCUGGAGCCUCUGCUGAGCUGGCUGAGCGACACAGAGGAACUGGUGGCCAAUCAGAAGCCUCCGUCGGCAGAGUACCGUGUGGUCAAGGCCCAGAUCCAAGAACAAAAGCUGCUCCAGAGGUUGUUGGACGACCGGCGGCCGACCGUGGAGAUGAUCCGAGCUGAAGGCGAGAGGAUCGCUGCCACCGCCGACACCCAGGACCGAGAGAAGAUCCAGACUCAGCUCCACCAGCUGGCGGAGAGAUGGACCGAGCUGCUGGACAAGGCCAGCGCCAGGCAGCGGCAGUUGGAGGAGCUGCAGGUUCUGGCUCUUCACUUCCACGAGGCCCUGGAGCCGCUGGGAGAAUGGCUGAGCGCCACCGAGAGACGCCUGAGCUCCGCCGAGCCCAUGGGAACCCAGACGGCCAAGAUCUCCCAGCAGAUCACCAAGCACAAGGCGAUCCAAGAGGAUGUGUCCUCGAGAGAAGCCGAGGUCGACCACCUCGAGUCCCUCAGCCAAUCGCUGACCCCGCUCAGCUGCCCGGCCGACCGCGAUUGGUUGAACGAGCGAGUGGGCGCGGUGAGGUCGGGUCACUCGGAGCUCACGGAUUGGUCCUCGAGGCGAGCCGGCCUAUUGGAGCAGGCGCUGGCCAACGCUCAGCUGUUCGGAGAGGACGAGGUAGAGGUGCUGAACUGGCUGGCUGAGGUUGCUCAGAGGCUCGGUCAGGUCUCCGUCCAGAACUACCAACCUCAGCUGCUGGCCGAGCAGCACAAACACACUCUGUCGCUGAAUGAAGAGAUCGUGAGCAGGAAGAAGACGGUGGACCAGGCCAUCAAGAACGGACAAGCUCUGCUCAAGCAGACCACAGGUGAGGAGGUUCUCCUGAUCCAGGAGAAGCUGGACGGCAUCAAGUCUCGCUACGCCGAGAUGACGGCCGGCAGCAGCAAGGCCCUCCGCACCCUGGAGCAGGCCCUGCAGCUCGCCACGCGAUUCGCCAGCGCCCACGAAGACAUCAGCCAGUGGCUGGACGGCGUGGAGGCGGAGCUCAACAACGUGGAGCCCGACGCCUCACCGGCCUAUCAGGAGAGGCAGAAGGAGCUGAAGAAAGUGUCGGCAGAGAAGCGCCUGGUGCUGGACACGGUGAACGAGGUGGGCGGCGCCCUGCUGGACCUGGUGCCGUGGCGAGCCAGAGAAGGUCUGGACCGCCUGGUGGCUGACGGGAACCAGAGGUACCGCCAGGCGGAUGAAACCAUCACUCAGCGGGUGAAGCUGGUGCAAGCUGCCAUCCAGAGGUCCCAGCAGUACGAAGAGGCCGUGGAUGCAGAGCGGGCCUGGGUCGGGGAGACCGAGCGCAAGCUGGCGUCUCUGGGGCCCCUGAGCCUGGAGCCUGACGUGACCGUGGCUCAGCUGCAGGUGCAGAGGGCCUUCAACAUCGACAUCAUCCGGCACAAAGACACCGUGGAUCAGCUGCUCAGCACCAGGGAGGAAAUCCUGGAGACCUGCAGCGAGGCUCAGAAGGAGGCGCUCAUGGUGAAGACGGAUUCCCUGAGUGCUCGUUACGAAGCCGUGAGCCACAACCACGGCGAGCGCUUCUCGGCUCUGGAGCAGGCUCAGGUUCUGGUGGCUCGGUUCUGGGAAACAUACGAGGAACUGGAGCCGUGGCUGGGCGAGACCGAGACCCUCAUCAGCCAGCUGCCCCCCCCAGCCAUCGACACCGACGCCCUGCGGCUGCAACAGGACCAGAUGAGACUCCUGAGGGAGUCGAUCGCUGAGCACAAGCCGCACAUCGACAAGCUGCUGAAGAUCGGGCCCCAGCUGGCGGAGCUCAGCCUCCAGGAGGGGGCGGCGCUGACGCAGCGCUACACCAGGUCCGAGAAGCGCUACCUGGCCAUCAAGGAGGAGGUGAAGGGUCGGGCCACAGCGCUGGACGAGGCCGUGUCCCAGUCUGCACAGUUUCACGACAAGAUGGAUCCCCUGCUGGAGACCCUGGAGGGCGCGGUGCAGCGGCUGAGGUCGCCGCCCCCGGUGGCGGCGGAGGUGGACAAGAUCCGGGAGCAGCUGGCGGAGCACCGCGCUCAGGGCCUGGAGCUGGACAAGCUGCUGCCGAGCUUCUCCGCCCUCUGCGCCCGGGGAGAGGAGCUCAUUGGACGAGCCGCCCGGGACGAUCCUGCUGCUCAGGCCGUUCGCUCCCGCCUCCUGCGCCUGCGCUCGCUGUGGGACGAGAUCCGGCAGCGCGCCGAGGAGAGGGAGGGGAAGCUGAACGACGUCCUGGACGUGGCUGGGAAGUUCUGGUCCGACGUGGCGGCGCUGCUCAGCACGCUCCGAGACUCCCAGGACAUCGUGAGGGAGCUGGAGGACCCGGGUGUGGACCCCUCGCUCAUCAAGCAGCAGAUCGAGGCUGCCGAGGCCAUCAAGGCAGAGACGGACGGCCUGAGGGAGGAGCUGGAGUUCGUCAGGACCCUCGGGGCUGACCUCAUCUUCGCCUGUGGAGAAACUGAGAAACCUGAAGUCAAGAAAACCAUCGACGAGAUGAAUGCUGCCUGGGAAGGUCUGGACCGGACCUGGAGGGAGAGGAUGGAGCGGCUGGACGAGGCCAUGACGGCGUCGGUGCAGUAUCAGGACGCGCUGCAGUCCAUGUUCGACUACCUGGACAACGCGGUGAUCAAGCUGUGCGACAUGUCGACUGUGGGAACUGAGCAGGGAACCGUGAAGCAGCAGAUCGAAGAGCUCAAGAUUUACAAGGUGGAGGUUUACCAGCAGCAGAUCGACAUGGAGAAGUUGUGCCACCAGGGGGAGCUGAUGCUGAAGAAAGUGUCCGACCAGACCGACAGGGACAUGAUCCAGGAGCCGCUCACCGAGCUGCGCCACCUGUGGGAGAACCUGGGUGAUAAGAUCAACCAGAGACAGCACAAGCUGGAGGCUGCCCUGCUGGCUCUGGGUCAGUUCCAGCACGCCCUGUCUGAGCUGCAGGGCUGGCUGAGCCACACACACACCACCCUGGACUCUCAGCGACCAGUCAGCUCUGACCCCAAGGCCAUCGAGAUCGAGCUGGCCAAACACCACGUUUUGCGUAAUGACGUCCUGUCCCACCACGCCACGGUGGAGACGGUGACCGGUGCGGCCGCCGAGCUGCUGGAGUCCUCGCCCGGCGAUGAAGCCAGUCACCUGCGGGAUCAGCUGGAGCAGCUCAACCAGAGCUGGGAGAAGCUGCUGCUCAGGACGCAGGAGCGACAGAAGCUACUGGAGGCCGCUCUGCACCAGGCUGAAGGCUUCCACGGGGAGCUGGAGGAGUUCCUCCAGUGGCUGAGGAGGACGGAGAGCCAGCUGUCCGCCGCCAAGCCGACCGGCGGCCUCCCCGAGACGGCCCGGGAGCAGCUCCAGCAGCACAUGGAGCUUCAGGCUCAGCUGGCUCCGCGAGGGGACCAGUACCAUCGCCUGCUGGAUCAGGGAGAGUCCAUGCUGCUGGCCCGGGGGGGAGAGGAAGCAGCGCUCGGUACCACGCAGACCCAGCAGAACCUGGGCAUGCUGCAGAACAAGUGGGCCAGCCUCAACACCAAGAUGGAGGACCGCAAGGCCAAACUGGAGGAGGCUGUUUCCUUGGCCACUGGCUUCCAGUCGUCUUUGCAGGACACCAUCAUCUGGCUGACCCAGGCUGAGCAGACCCUGAACAUGGCCCAGCCCCCGAGCCUCAUCCUGGACACGGUGCUCUUCCAGAUCGACGAGCACAAGGUGUUUGUGAACGAGGUGAACACCCACAGGGAGCAGGUCCUGGCUCUGGAGAAGGCCGGCUCUCAGCUUCGCUUUGCCAGCCUGAAGCAGGAUGUGGUGCUCAUCAAGAACCUGCUGCUCAGCGUCCAGGCCCGCUGGGACAAGCUGGUGCAGAGGUCACUGGACCGCGGCCGGCACCUGGACGAGGCCCGCAAGAGAGCCAAACAGUUCCAUGAGGCGUGGAGGAAGCUGACCGACUGGCUGGAGGAAGCUGAGAAGAGACUGGACUCGGAGCUGGAGAUCUCCAACGAGCCGGACAAGAUCAAGAUACAACUGACCAAACACAAGGAGUUCCAGAAAGCUCUGGGCUCGAAGCAGCCGGUGUACGACACCACAGUGAGGUCGGGGAGGGCCAUGAGGGACAAGGCCCAGCUGCCGGCGGACACCCAGAGACUGGAUCACCUGGUGGGAGAGGUCCGGGACAAGUGGGACACCGUCUGUGGGAAGAGCGUGGAGAGACAACACAAGCUGGAGGAGGCGCUGCUGUUCUCAGGUCAGUUUGCGGAGGCUCUCCAGGCUCUUGUGGACUGGUUGUACCGAGUGGAACCUCAGCUGGCUGAAGACCAGCCGGUCCACGGAGACCUGGAUCUGGUGUCCAACCUCAUGGACUCACAUAAGAGUUUCCAGAAGGAGCUGGGUAAGAGGACGGGCAGCAUCCAGGCCCUGAGGCGCUCGGCUCGGGAUCUGAUCGAGACGGGUCGCGACGACACGGCCUGGGUCAAAGUUCAGCUGCAGGAACUGAGCAACCGCUGGGACACCGUGUGCGCCCUGUCCGUCACCAAGCAGACCCGCCUCCAGCAGGGGCUCAAACAGGCGGAGGAGUUCCGCACGGCGGUGCAGGUUCUGCUCGAGUGGCUCUCGGAGGCGGAGCAGACGCUCCGGUUCCGCGGCGUCCUCCCGGAGGAGGCGGAGACUCUGCAGGCGCUGCUCCACACACAUCGAGACUUCAUGGGCACCGUGGAGGAGAGGAGGGGGGGCGUCAACAAGGCCGCCGGCAUGGGAGAGUCCAUCCUGACUCUGUGUCACCCGGACUCCAUCACCACCAUCAAACACUGGAUCACCAUCAUCAGGGCGCGUUUCGAGGAGGUGCUGACGUGGGCCAAGCAGCACGAGCAGCGGCUGGAGACGGCUCUGACCGAAGUGCUGAGCAACGCCAACCUGCUGGAGGAGCUGCUGUCCUGGCUGCAGUGGGCCGAGACCACGUUGGUCCAGAGGGACGCCGACUCGCUGCCUCAGGACAUCACGCAGCUCAAAUCCCUCAUCACAGAGCAUCAGACCUUCAUGGAGGAGAUGACGAUGAAGCAGCCGGACGUGGACAAAGUGACGAAGACGUACAAGAGGAAACCAGCGGAGCCUCACAGCGGCCUGUCGGAGAGGAGAGGAGCUCGCAAACAGCAGCAGCAGCAGCAGCAGCAGGCGGCCAUGCAGGUCCCAGGAGGAAACCCCCGACUCAACCAGCUCUGUGCCCGGUGGCAGCAGGUGUGGCUGCUCGCUCUGGACCGCCAGCGGAAACUCAACGACGCUCUGGACCGGCUGGAGGAGCUCAAGGAGUUUGCCAACUUCGACUUUGACGUGUGGAGGAAGAAGUACAUGCGCUGGAUGAACCACAAGAAGUCCCGCGUCAUGGAUUUCUUCAGACGCAUCGACAAGGACCAGGACGGGAAGAUCACGCGUCAGGAGUUCAUCGACGGGAUCCUGGCCUCCAAGUUUCCCACCAGCCGACUGGAGAUGACCGCGGUGGCCGACAUCUUUGAUCGCGAUGGAGACGGUUACAUCGACUACUACGAGUUCGUCGCCGCUCUUCAUCCGAACAAGGACGCGUACCGACCGACCACCGACGCCGACAAGAUCGAGGACGAGGUGACUCGUCAGGUGGCUCAGUGUAAAUGUGCCAAGAGGUUCCAGGUGGAGCAGAUCGGAGAAAACAAGUACCGGUUCUUCCUCGGAAACCAGUUUGGCGACUCUCAGCAGCUGCGUCUGGUCCGGAUCCUGCGCAGCACGGUGAUGGUGAGAGUCGGCGGCGGCUGGAUGGCUCUGGACGAGUUCCUGGUUAAAAAUGAUCCAUGCAGAGUGCAACAUCCAGGACUUAAGAUUCUCCGCUCCGACUCCAGUAGCUCCAUCUCAUCUCGUAUAGUGACAGUCACUCCCGGCUAUUUCUGCUGCCGAGCUCGUGGGCGAACCAACCUGGAGCUGAGGGAGAAGUUCAUCCUUCCUGAGGGAGCGUCUCAGGGCCUCGCCGCCUUCCGCUCCCGGGGCCGGCGCUCGAAGCCGGGCUCCAGAAACGCCUCCCCCACCCGCUCCUCCUCCUCCGCCUCCCACAGCGGCGCCUCCCUCCCCUCGGCUCCCUCCACCCCGGCCACGCCGACGGCCUCCGCCUCGUCCAGGUCCUCCCAUACUCACUCUCGUGACUAUGCCAAGCCCUGGCUGGCUCACAGUAAAACUCCAACGUCAACCAAGUGCCACUGCUGCCCAGAUCUGGGUCUCGGCCACACCCCUCCUGGGCACGAGGGGGCGGCGUCGGGAUCCAAGCUGAAGCGGCCGACGUUCCACUCGAGCCGCGGAUCGUUGACCGGAGAGAACGGAGGAACGACACCAGGAGGCAAACCAGGACGAAGCGACCCGAAGCGAGGCGCCAGUGGUCCGACCAGCCGGGCCGGCAGCCGGGCGGGCAGCAGAGCCAGCAGCCGGCGCGGCAGCGAUGCCUCGGACGCCUCCGAGCUGCAGGACGCUCGCUCCGUCGGGUCGGACACCUCCGACACCCCGAGGCGACCGGGCAGCGGCGCCAAACCCUCCAAGAUCCCCACCAUCUCCAAGAAGACGCCCAGCCCCAAGACCCUGGGCUCGGCAAAGAAAUGAGAGCAGGGACGAGAGGAACCGGAUCACACCUCCGUCACGGAGGGUGGACUGCUGUCAUCGGCCAUCUUGGGUUCACCCGCUCUUCCACAUCCAUCCGUGGGGCUUGUACUGAAUCUCUGCACUUUGACUGACUUCAGGGGGGAGGAGGAGAUGGAUGAGACCUUCUUCUCGUUCUUCCCCCGUUCCCAGAGACAUGUCUGAAAAUAAGAACCAAGAGGAAAAAGGUUCUGGUCUGACGUCUCAGGCCAGAGUCUGUGGGGGGGGGGCGAAACCGACUCUUCCCCUUUAAGAACUCCAGUUUGCCUUCCAGUCUCCUGCUUCCUGUUCCACGAGUUCCCCACCGGCGUGGAAUCGAACACCGACUGACCCGACGUGAUGCUGCCUUACACUCGUGUCCCGCUCCGACAGAGCGACACACAAAGUCUUCAAACUGCUCUACACCACACUGACACACACAGACACACACAUUGUAACUCAGAGGCGGGGGGGGGGGGGGGGGGGCAGGGAGCGGGACACACCAACGCCAGCGCCGCCACCGCCAGGGCUACCAAAACACAGAGGAGCUCGAAUGGCCUUCAGGAAAAAAGAGGAGAAUUGUGGGUAAUUCUUUUGGCUUGUGGGACAGAUGCCUCAACGAGGGGUUAAAAAAGAAAAUAUGCAACGGCCGCCUCGUCGCUUCCUCUGGCGAGAGAAAGCGUCACCUCAGCAGACGGGCGCCGCCACAUGUGGCGAGCUCAGGAGGCGGGAAACACACACCGGCCCACCUCAGGCUCGGGGGGGCGGCGGUGCAGCUGCAGCUGAGGGCAAACACUCAAACACCCAAACACCACAGAGCCGACUCCUCCCGACCGCCGGAACGUGAGCAUCGGACCCGUGUGUCAGCGGGGGGGGGGGGGGGUCAGUCAGCACAACAUGACAAACUGUCAACAGAAGGACAACUCAUCUCACCGCGCUGAGCACAUCAGUGUUAACCCGAGUUCACGGACUUCAACUACCAGCAUGCACUAGUCGUCUCUUCCUCUGCAGUUCUACCUUAAUGUCCACACACACACACACACACACAUAGACACACACACACGUUAAGGGAUGUGCGUCUUGUGUGUCUUUGUUACGAGAGCUCGUUGACUUGUCACUGUAUGCAAACAUUUUAAUUUGCGAAUGUCCUUUUGGCUUCUGGUCGAGUUUCUGGUUAAUUUAUAAAUCCAGUUGUACUUUUUGUUUUUCUAGCUUGAAAGAAGAAUCUAUUUAUUUUUCAGUUUCAGUUUCAUAUCGGCUGAAAGAAAACGUGACGGUGGAAGAGUUUAUGAUAUUUGUACCGAGGAAACGUGUGUCCCUACGCUCCGACCUGCUUGAGUUUCUACUGGUUGUGAUGGUCACUGGUUGUGAUGGUCACUGGUUGUGAUGGUCACUGGUUGUGAUGGCCACUGGUUGUGAUGGUCACUGGGUCCCUGACGCCAGUGGAGCCUUGUUUGUAUUUUUACUCAUUCGCUAACGAUGAUAAUUCCCAGACCACGACCAAAGGGGUUUUCCCUUCAUGUGUAGACAGAACCACAGAUAUGAGUGACAGGAGUCCUGGGCCGAGCGGACCAAUGAGAGCGGGUCCUCCUCCCUCACGUCCCUCCCCCAGCGUCUCUUCUUCUUCUAGGCUUUUUUCAAAUGUCCCGUGGGCGGCGGGUCGAGGUGUCUCCGUGUCGUCUCAGUGGGACGGAUGAAGAUUAGGAAAACUAAUGAAAUUACAUUAAGAGAGAAAGAAAAACAUCUUAAGGUGAUUUUUAUUUAUUUAUUGUCUCUCUGAGGAGGGGUGGGGGGGCAGGGGGGGGUCAGAGUCUGCCACCUUUUGAUGCUGAGCUUCUCUGAGUGUGAUGAUGAGAACAUGAAAUGGGGGGGGGGGGGUUAACAGGAGUCAAUUGUGUAAAAGUUCAACAAAAAACUAAAAUAUAAACAUUUUUUUGUUCUGUUUUUGUAUUAAAAUAUGCUUGCAGUAAAA